AUGGACCUGGGAAAACAAGUAGUGGAUCCAGACUUUUCACGUGAAGAAGCAGAUGUUUCUGGAGGUUUGUGUUCAGAUUUCCCCAGCCCUCUAGCCCCACAACAUCCACUUGAGGGAGGCCAUGCCAAUCCAGAAAUGAGUAACUAUAAGACGAUGAGUCCACAGAUGAGCAAGACAAAUGUACUGCACAUUCUGUUUGAUUUUAUUUCUGACAAGGCCGAAGAGGUACAGACAGGAAAGCUAACAGUGCUCACCGACUGCGUUUACUUUGAUGCUGUUAACUACACUACAGUUUCUCAAGAGAUAAUUAAAACCAUUUCAAAAUAUGGUGCAGACUUUGAUGGAGUAUCUGGAUAUGUUGGAAAGAGUCCAGUAAUACAGUGGGCAAUAUUUCACCUGAAGAGACAGACACAUCUUGGAAGUGAUCUCUUAUUCAACAUCAACGAUUAUUCUACAACUAACCUUAGGGGAGAUUUUGAAAAGCUGAAACGUCUGUUGUAUAUUUGCCCUAAAGAAAGAAGCCAGCAAGAUCUCAGGCAGAUACAAACAUGUUUGAAGAAGAACAGAACAUUUCAGUGUUUACCUAAUAAAACACAGCUCCAACUUUGCCACGCUGUAGUCUACCAAAAGUGUGAAGCUGGAACCAUAGUUAUAAGGCAAGGGCAUGUUCCAAGUGAAUGUUACUUAAUACUAUCUGGAAAGCUAAAAGUCAUAUGGGGUGGUGCAAAUUUCAAAGCCCAAACUUUCACCUCUGAAAUAUUAUGUGAAGCUGAAGAAGGAGACUUCAUAGGGGAAAUCUGUCUUCUGACUAAUACAAACCGAUCUGCUUCCAUUAUAUGUAAAUCCGAUGUGGAACUUCUAGUGAUAAACAAAGAGGAUUUUGAUUGUAUUCUUGCAGAUUUACUACAUGAACAAUACCAUGCAACAUGUAACUUUCUAAGGAAACUCACAUUAUUCUCUUCAUGGCCAGCAGAAGAAAUAGACUUUCUUGUCCACUGCUCUCUACAGAGAUUUUACAGGACAGGAACAACUGUUGUCCCAGAAAGUUUAAACUCUUACUUCUUAGUAGUUGUAAAAUCGGGUCGAUGUCUGGUAGUGACACAACUGGAUCAAGAGAGAAUAUAUGCACACUCCAAUGAAAUGCAGAAUUUUUCUUCUCUUUGUGAUAAUUUUAUCACAAUAUCAUCAUUAAAAGAAAAGAAGGAUUUGACUAGAAGACUUUGGGAAAGAUCUCUUUAUUCAGCUGCUCAGAGAACUCCUCUUACCCAGAUGCCCAGAAGACCAAGACCUCAAACAGCUGCAGUAUUAUGUUAUUCGCUCAGGGACAGAAAAGCCUUUGGUGACCUGGAACAGAAAGGUAAUGAGGCACUACAUUCAAAUCUAAUAGAAGGAGUAGGUGAAAAAGUUGCCGAGACGAAGAGAGAUGGCAGGAAACAAAAGGUGGCUCCAUCAGCUCCUCAGUUCCUGAAGAUAAGGGCGCUGGAACAAGGUGGCAUUUUUGGUUUGGCAGAAACAAUGGACAAGUUUUGUAGCCUUCAGUUCAGCUUGAUCAGUGAAGGAGCGGAGUGCAUUUUCAUUCCCAAAAAACUUUUUCUAGACAAAGCACCUGUCAAGUCGAGAAAGAUGGCUCUCGAGCUGGUGAAAAGCUACCCCUCAGAGAGCAUAAUUAUGGAGAACUAUGCUAGGCACCAAGCUUGGAAUACCUACAAGGCCAAGCUUAUUGGACAACAGCUUGAGAGACAAGCUAUGCCAACUUCAGCUCGCUUUUCUUUUUAAAAGAUGUCUAUAGUAGCUGCCUUAUGGCCAGAUACUUCUUCUGUUAGUGAAUGAGAUAAUGAUGAUUCUCAAGCAUGUGGCUAGUGGGAAAAUAUGUAC